UCGUCAAUGUUUGAGUUAAGGAUCCCUAAAAUUACCUCUCUGAUGGACCUUCCCUCGUUUUCCUCCCAAACAACCGUCCUCACCGACGAGUGGGAGCUCUGCAACGACGAUGGAUUCAUCUACAAAGGCGAGAAACGCCACCGCGUUCUUACCGAACCAUCUUGUUUCCGGCAGAUCCCGAGGAAGAAGAGAAACGAAGGAGAGAGUGGAAGAGGAAAACUCUUAUCUAAGUGAAGGAGAAGUAGAAUAAAGAGAUGAAGCAGUGGGAGGCUUUGGAGAACGCUUUGAAGUCAAUGCAAGAGAAGGCUUUAGAUUUUCAAUUUCAACAGCAAGAAAGAAGGAAAUCAAGGGAGAAAGAAGAGGAAAAGGGAAUCGCGUCGUUCUCAGGGUCGGAGAACAUAGAUAAGGAUAAGAAGGAUAACGACUUUGGCUCUUUGGUUGAUGAGCUUCUUUUGCUGACAGAAGCUCAUGAAAUGGUAAUUCAUGAUGUUUCGAAUCUGUGUGACAUAGCAGAAGCAGUAUGUGAUGCACAGGAGUAGCAAAUGAAGCAAUCUUAUUUCGAUCUUCAUGUUUGGGCAUUGCUUUGUGAUGAGUAAGUCUUUUAGGAUUGUUCUUAUCUGUUAAAAAAAGAACAAAUUUGAUCACGGCGACCCUCUAGCUAUAAUUUUUGUGUAACAUAUAAUGUUGAUAGAUAGUAAUGCUCUGAAAAGGCCUCAU